AUGAGCAAAAUCUCAAGCGACCAAGUUAGAUCAAUCGUCUCCCAACUUUUCAAAGAAGCACAAGAAUCCAAAAGAGGUUUCUUAGAAACUGUUGAACUCCAAAUCAACUUAAAGAAUUAUGAUACCAAGAAAGAUAAGCGUUUCUCUGGUCAAAUCAAAAUCGGUACCGUCACCAAACCAAAAUUAAGCGUUUGUGUCUUUGCUGAUCAACAACAUUGUGAUGAAGCCACUAAAAUCGGUGCUGAAUUCAUGGAUAUUGAAGCCUUAAAGAAAAUCGGUCCAAAGAACAAGAAAGCCAUCAAGAAGCUCUCAAAGAAAUACGAUGCUUUCUUAGCCUCUGAAUCUAUCUUACGUCAAGUUCCAAAACUCUUAGGUCCAGGUCUCAACAAGGUCGGUAAAUUCCCAACCCUCCUUACUCACUCUGAAGAUAUGGCCUCAAAGAUCAAUGAUGUCAAAUCAACCGUCAAAUUCCAACUUAAGAAAGUUUUAUGUUUAGCCGUCGCUGUCGGUCACAUCGAAUUAACUGAAAGAGAAGUUGCCACCAACAUCAUUCAAUCAAUUAAUUUCUUAGUCUCCCUCUUAAAGAAAGGAUGGCAAAAUAUUAAGACUUUAUACGUCAAAACCUCUAUGGGUCCAUCACACCGUGUCUACUAA